ACAUUGCUUCCCUCCAAGAAAUAACACAUAUACGUAUAAAUGCGUACAACGGCUUUCAGAUCCUUCCCCGGCGUGAAUGUAUUUUAUUUACUAUCGAAGAACCUCCCUUCAACGAGGGUUGGCUAGGAUUCCAAACCCUUCGUUAUUGCACCCUUCUGUGAGGUCAUGUACCUUGAUAUCUAUGUACGUGGCCAAAAACAGGUAGAAAAGAAGAUUUAAGGGUUUCCUUAUGAGAAGUUCUCAGUCACUUCCUGACUGUUUUGGUUUCAACACCGUUGGGAAUUUGUGAUAAAGCUUGAAAUUUGGUUAAAAUCAUUUUUGGAAAUCUUUAGAAUAAUCUUAAUUACAGAAGAAAAGUGUCUACGAAUUAGUCUUGAAAGUUUUACGUGUAAGGCGAGUACACCCCACCUUUGACGCAUUUGGUUUACGGAAUUGUCUUGCACACUCUUGGAAAAUGGUUUCUUUCACGACUGCAAACCGACAUGGCUACAGUGUUCGAUAUUCACCUUUUGAUCCGGAUAUCUUGGUCGUGGCUUCCAGUCAAUAUUAUGGAUUAUGUGGUGCAGGCACACUUCACCUUUUAGAGCUCGCAGAGGAUGACCUACACGAAAUAGGACAAGUGCAGUGGAACGAUGGCCUGUUUGAUGUUGUAUGGUCACCUAACACCGAAGACGUGGUUGCAACUUCCUCUGGCGACGGAUCCCUUCAACUCUGGAAUUUCCGCAGUUUGGAAACCGGAUCCCCCACUGCAUACAUUCCUGCACACAGCGCCGAAAUCUAUAGUGUUGACUGGGGCAAUUCCUUAUCAGGGAGCAAACUACUCACUGGAAGUUGGGACCGAACCAUUAAAACUUGGGAUCCAACUUACCUCAAAUUAAUCUCUUCCUUUUCAGCGCAUAGUGACGUGGUUUUUACCGCGAACUAUUCUAAUUCAAUUUCAAAUGUUUUUUCCAGUGUAGGGGCUGAUGGAUCUUUAAUAAUUUGGGAUGCAUCAUCGUCUAAACCUUUACAGAAAGUGGCAGCACACGAUGGCGAAGCAUUGACUUGCACCUGGAAUCAAUUUAAUUCGAACGUGCUUGCCACAGGUGGCUCAGAUGGUCUAAUCCGUGGUUGGGAUCUUCGAAAUUUAACGAGAAAUGUGUUCGAAUUAUAUGGGUGUGAGUUUGCGGUGCGGCGAAUUCGUUUCUCACCUCAUUUCGAAAGUGUUCUUGUCUCAGCUGGAUAUGAUUUCUGCACAAGGAUUUGGGAUUACCAAGUGCAGUUCGAGCCGUUGGAAAGUUUUACUCAACAUUCAGAGUUUGUAUAUGGGGUGGACUGGAAUCCGAGCAAAUCUGGUCAAGUGGCUGAUUGCGGGUGGGACUCUUUGGUGAACGUUUUUACACCAAAGUGUUUAGAGAAUGUUUAA